AGGUAAUAAAAGUGAGGGUCUGUGAGUGAAGCAGAAGGACAACACACAUCUUCAAACAACACCAGACGACACGAGCAGUCAAGAUGAUGAUGAAGAAGCAGACCAUCAUGUUGACCUGUUUCCUGCUCCUCUCUGCUUUGACUGUUGUGGAAGCUAUGAACUACAGCCCAUCUGAGUGCUGCUUUGCCUACUGCCCUAUACCCCUGCCUAAAAGAGGGGUGCUCGCCUACAAACACACUAAUAAACAGUGUCCAAAGAAAGGCAUCCUCUUCAAGAUGAAGAACGGUAAAGAAUACUGCGCCGACCCGUCUGAGCAGUGGGUGAAGAACAUCAUCGCAGAAAGAGAAAACAUUUAGGCAAAGUAGAUCACUGAGAGACCAGCAGCAGCUUCUAUAUAUUUUUCUACUUGCUUAAAAGUCAAUGCAAAACAUCUUCUAAAUGACCUACAUUUCUAUCUCUUUGUUUUUAUACUUUGAUGAUGAUAUGAUGCAUCAUGCAUGCAUAAGCUGAUCAGUAUAUCAUUUUCAAGCAUUGCUUUCUGAUGUCUUAUUAAACACAUCUGAUUAAAGUUUUCACGUUUUCAUUUGAGAAGCAAACUUUGACCAGAAAAAGAGAACCUCUACUAUGCAUAAUAUAAGUAAACCCACAUG